AUGUUUUGCCCUUUCAGUUCUUGGGGGCUCCCCAGGGGGGCCCCCCAGGGGGGCCCCCGGGGGGCCCCCCAGGGGGGCCCCUGGGGGCCCCUCAGGCCUUGGAGGCUCCAGGGCCUUGCGCUCUUAGUUUGCUUCUGCUGCGUCGCCCUUUUUGAACAGCUGGCGCAGCAGUGUGCUGCAGCAGCAGGCCCUGCAGCAGCAGCAGCAGCAGCAGCAGCAGCAGUACCUGCUGCUGCAGCAGCAGACUUCGGGACGCUGCUGGCAGCUUCCACUUUGGAGGCCCCUGUGGGGCCCCACGCACACUCAGGUGUAUAUACACUUCAAGACGCUGCUGCGCAGCAAGUGCAGCAGGCUGCUGCUCUGGGCGGGCAGCUGUACGUACAGCUGGCGGCGCAGCAGCAAACAGCAGCAGCAGCAGCAGCAGCAGCACCUGCUGCUGUGGAUGUGACGGUCUCGCCUCACAGUCAAGAAGCAGCUGCUCCAGCAGCAGCAGCAGCACCAGCUGCAGCAGCAGCACCAGCUGCAGCAGCAGCAGCAAGCCCUACCCUCGAAGCCCCAGGUGCAGCAGCAGCACCGGGCGCGCUGCUUGCUGGGCCUGCAGCAACACAAACAGCAGCAGCAGCAGCGCCAGCAGCAGCAGCAGCAGCGCCAGCAGCAGCAGCAGCAGCAACAGUGCCAGCACCAGAAAGCCUAGUACUUUCGCCUGCAGCAGCACCAGCAGCAGCAACCGCAGCGCCACCAACAGCAGCAGCCUUUUCAGACCCAACGCAAACGAGUUUGCUGCCAGCAGCAGCAGCAGCAGCAGCAGCACCAGCAGCAGCAGUGCCGUUAACUUUACCAGCAGCAGCAGCGCCUGCAGCAGAAACAGCAGCAGGGACAGCAGCAGCACCCUUAGCCGCAGCGCCAGAAGCAGCAGCACCACUAGCAGCACCUGCUGCAGCAGCAGCAGCAGGACAGCUAGCUGCCCCGCCAGUUGCUGCACUACCAGCAGCAGCAACAGCAGCAGCACCAGGAGGAGCUGCUGCUGCCCCUCUUGCUGCUGCACCAACAGCAGCAGCACCGCUAGCAGCAGCAGUCCCGCUAGCAACAGCAGCACCACCGACAACAGCAGCAACAACAGCAGCAACAGCAGCAGCAGCACCGCUAGCAGCAGCGCCGCUAGCAGCAACAGCAGCACCAGCAGCAACAGGAGCAGCGCCAGCAGCACCAACAGCAGCGGCGCCGCUACCAACAGCAGCAGCACCGCUAGCAGCAGCACCGCUAGCUGCAGCACCAGCAGCAGCAGCAGCACCAGCAGCAGCAGCACCAGCAGCAGCAGCACCAGCAGCAGCAGCACCAGCAGCAGCAGCAGCACCAGCAGCAGCAAAAGCUCCUUCAGCUUCUGCACACGACGUUGCUGAAAGGAUGAGAGUGCUGGAGCUGCUGUCAGGUACUGCUGCUGCAGGUUCUGCUGCUGCUGCUGAUGCUGCUGCUGCUGGUGAUGCUGCUGCUGCUGCUGCUCCCCAUAGCGGCAGCGCAGCAGCGCAGCCAGCAGCUGCAGUUGGGGCUGGGGAGAGCGCGGAGGAGGCAGCAGCAGCAGCAGCAGCAGCAGCGGCAGCAGCAGCAGCAGCAGCAGCAGACGGCGCAGGCGUGGGGCCACUUGCUGCUGCAGCAGAACAGGCUUCUGCUGCAGCAAAAGACGCUAAAGGAGACGCCCCAGGGGUAAAAAUAAAAAGAGAAUAUAAAGAUUUAAAAGAAUACAAAGAGACACAUUUAAACGGCGCAGGCGUGGGGCCACUUGCUGCUGCAGCAGAACAGGCUUCUGCUGCAGCAAAAGACGCUAAAGGAGACGCCCCAGGGGUAAAAAUAAAAAGAGAAUAUAAAGAUUUAAAAGAAUACAAAGAGACACAUUUAAGGCAGCAGCAGCAGCAGCAGCAGCACGAGCAGCGCCAGCAGCAGCAGCAGCAGCAGCAGCAGCGCCAGCAGCAGCAGCAGCAGCAGCAGCACUUCAGUGCACAUAACAACUGGCCCUUGCCACCACUUUGUAAAAAGCAGAAAAGAAGCAAAAAAAGAAUUAAAAGAACAAAAAGAAUUAAAAGAAAUAAAAGAAAUAAAAAAGAAAUAAAAGAAUUAAAAUAA